CUAACAGCCAUUAAUAAUUUGAAAACAUCUCCAAGGAUGGAGCCUGGCAGUGGGUCACUCAAGGGCUCCUCCGAAGUUCUGCUCUGUGAUACAUUCACCUUGGUGGGGAGUGGGGACUUUGUAGUCUCCCUUCUACUUACUCGAAGUGAAUUCCUGAUACAGAGCCUGUCUGAUGGCCCCCGGGGGCCCCCCAGCACCAGCUGCUUCUUAACCGACCUCAUCGGGUGCCGAUCCUUCCGGGGUAAAGAGAAAUCAGACAUCGGAGGCUACUUUACUGUUGUCUUUUAUCCCCUAAUUGGGGAUUCGGGGUCUGCACUUUAUCGCCAGCGAGUUUCAAGGACUUUCCGCAAAGCGAUUUCCCAGGACAAGGAGGAGAACCUCAACAUCGCCAGGACUUGGGCACAGAAGAUCAGACAGUUGGCAGAGCAGAAAGGACAGCCCUCCGUCAUACCCACCCCACCACGCCUUCUAGUAUUGCUGAAUCCCCAUGGGGGGACUGGUAAAGCCCUGACACUUUUCCAGACACAUGUGAUUCCCAUGCUCACAGACGCUGAUGCCCGCUUUACCCUGCUGGUGACAGAGAGGCCUAAUCAGGCUCGUGAACUGGUGCGGGACGAGGAUCUGUCUAGGUGGGACGUCAUCGUUGUGAUGUCAGGGGAUGGGCUCAUGUUUGAGGUUAUUAAUGGGUUAAUGGAGCGACCUGACUGGACAAAUGCUAUUAAGAAAAACCUUGCUAUUCUCCCUGGAGGGUCGGGGAAUGCUUUGGCUGCGUCCAUCAAUCACUAUUCUGGGCACCAGCAGGUGACGGGCACGAAACUCCUGACCAAUUGUGCUUUUGUAUUGUGCAAAGGUCAACCACAACCUCUGGACCUUGUCUCUCUUACCACCUCCUCGGGAAAGCGGAUCUUCUCCUUUCUAAGCUUGGCCUGGGGAUUUGUAUCCGAUGUGGAUAUCGAGAGCGAGAAGUACAGAUUCCUUGGUGAUUUGCGUUUUUCUGUUGGUACCUUUGUACGACUAACUGCUCUCCGUACAUACCGAGGUCGUCUUUCUUACUUGAAGGCUAAUCCUUGUUUGGGUGAAAAGGGGGAUAUUAAAGAAACCAAACAGAUCAUAAAUUCAGACAACCCUCAUUUGGACAGCGUAAUGCUGCAAGAAUUAGGAGAUCCCCUGCUUCCGCGAUUGGAUCAGCCCAUUCCAAAUCACUGGACUGUAGUUCCUGAGGAUCAGUUUGCUCUUGUCCUAGCCCUCUACCAGUCUCACCUUGGAGCUGACCUUUAUACAGCUCCUAUGGUUAAAAAUCUCGGAGAAGGGAUUAUUCAUCUGUUCUACGCUACGUCCAGAAUUUCCCGGGCCUCUCUUCUUAAACUUUUUCUAUCUAUGGAGAAGGGCACACAUGUGGAUGCUGACAUUCCCCAUUUAAUACAUGUCCCUGUCCAUGCUUUCCGAAUAGAGCCUUUCCAAAACACAGGCAUCAUGACUGUAGAUGGGGAGGUCAUCCCCUGUGCCCCGAUCCAGGGUCAAAUUCACAGUUGCCUUGGACGUGUUAUUUCCAUGCCACAGAAAACGUGAUCAACUUCCUACACUUAGAGUAAUAAACGACAGAUCCUUUCCAUGGUUAGUUUGGUGGACCUAUGCAGACACAUUGAACUGCAAAACAUUGUAUGGAUGCUACAAAGUACCAGAGAGAUGUGUAGGUGGGGGUGGAAGAUCCUUAAAAAAACAAAGCAUUCUAUAUUUAGCCUUUAUUCUAUUCCAUUGUCGCCAAAAUAGAAACUCUACGACUAGGUAGUAAUUUGUAUGUUGACUGUAACCGAUAACCUGACACUGGAAGCCACAGUAGUCAAACUACGUUAUCACAGCCAAAGCUAUGCUAAUAGGGGGCGAUUCUCUUUACUGGCUUUCCAGCUGCAAGGCUAAAUAAGUUUAAAUCGUGGCGUUAAUAAGAAAAAUGUUGGAAUAAUGCUGUAACCUAUUGGGAAGACCAGAUUUAUCAGCUGAUCUGUUAUUUUACCUUCUCCUU